GAUUAAUGAAUGUCUGUCUUUUAACUGAUAAUGAUUUCAGUCCGAGAGACAUUUUGGAACCAUCUCCAAAAAGAUUACAGAAACAUUUGAGCGCUGUAGUCAAUUAUGUCAAAUUUUUUAACUUUGCUGAGCAAAUUAGUAACACUGAAGGGAAAAGGAAAGAAAUUGAAGAGUUGAAUGAGAAGCUAAAGGCCUCAGUGACUAGCAUAACUGAUAUCCAAAGAGAAAUAGCUGAAUUAGAAGAAAGUAAGGAGGCAAGAAAAGAAGUUGAAGAUGCGAGGAAGCAUCAAAUUGCUGAGCAAGAGCACGAACUUCAAGACCUCAAGACUCACAUGUCAAAUUUAGAGUCUAGGUUAAAAUUGGCAGAAGAAUCACAAGAAAGAAGCAAAAAAGCCCAUUCGACUGCUGAAGAAGAUUUAAAGCGAUCAGAAGACAGAAUCAAUGACCUUAAAAUGCAAGUGGUCACUUCGCCCCAAGAGCUCUAUCAGAGUGUUGAUGAGGUACGUAAAGAUCUUGAAGAUAAGAGGAACGUGAGAGAUGAGACCAUCGGUAAUGCCACCAUGUGGGAGACAUUGGCUAAGAAAGCAUCUGAUGUUACACCAUCUGUGGAUGAUACUAUUGGAGAAAUAGAUGAACUGUCACAUCUGGUUGAGAAGACAAUUCAGCUUGAUAAUGAUUUAAAGAGAUUAAUGGACUCCAAAAGGAAACUAACCCAAGAACUUAAAUCAAAGAUAUCGAGGGAUCAGAACCUGUCUGGUCAAAUCAAAAAGAUUGAUGAAGAGAUUAAUGGUUUAUCACAAUAUAAACGUACUCUCUCUUCCACUGAUGGUGACUCAGAGCAGCAAAAGGAGAUAGAGUCUUUUGAGCUCAUUUUGGAAAACAAGAAAGAGAAAGACCACGAAAUGUUAAUGGAGCUCGAAGAAACAAAACAAAAACAUUCUAAAAGGAUCAAAGCUUUCGAAAAACUAGAGACUCAAGUCACUAAUGAAAUCACAUUAAUGAAGGAAACAUAUCACUCUUAUCAGAGGAGACUGGAAGAAGUGAACAAGCCAUUGAACUCAAUAAAGAAAUCUCUUUAAAAUACACACACACACAUCUAUAGAUUACAUUAUUAUUGUCAGAUUUUGAUUAAUGAAAACCAUUAAUACAGUA